GACCCAGAGUCCAAGACGGGCGCCCGGCGCCGCCGCGCGCCUGCUGCGCCGCCGGCGGGCCGCGACUUCCUCAGCUUCGGCUCCUCGCUCACCGUCAAGGGUAAGUCUGUCCGCACGCGGCUGCGCUAAAGCAUGGCAGGGCUGACGAUGUGGCGCACAUCAGGCGGCAUCCUCACCGUCGCAGACGACUUGCUCAAGAACGACGGCCAGAAGUUCCUCGAGAUGAUGGAGCAGCUGGCCGAGCGCCGCGUGCUGCGUGACGACGACGCGCAGGCGGAGCAGGACGUCAGCGAUGAUGAGGCCGAGGCCGAAGACGAUGAGGAAGAAGAGGAGGAAGAGGAGGAAGAAGAGGAAGACCCUGAAGAGGCGCUCACGGACGAGCAGCGCAUGGAGGAGGGACGCCGCAUGUUCCAAAUCUUUGCCGCCCGCAUGUUCGAGCAGCGAGUGCUCCAGGCCUACCGCGAAAAGGUUGCGCAAGAGCGCCAGCUGCAGCUCCUCCGUGAGCUCGAGGAGGAAGACAACCUCGAGAAGGAGCGUGAGGCAAAGCGCGCAAAGGAGAACCAGAAGAAGAAGGACAAGAAGAAGCAAGCAAAGCAGCAGAAGGAGGAGGAGCGUCUGCGCAAGGAUGCCGAGCGCGCUGCCGAAGAAGCAGCUGCCAAGGCCAAGCUGGAGAAGCAGCGCGAGGCGGAGCUCAAGAAGCAGGAGGAGCUGCGUCUCAAGCGCGAGGCCGAGCGCAAGGCGCUCGCCGAAGAGAAGGCGCGCAAGGACGAGGAGAAGCGCAAGCGCCUCGAGGAGGAGCGUGCGCGCGAGGCCGAAAAGGAACGCAAGCGCAAGGAGAAGGAGGACAAGGCGCGGGCCGAGCGCGAGGUCCGCGAGGCCAAGGAGCGCGAGAAGAAGGCCGCCGAAGAGGAGGCGCUGCGCGCCAAGCAGCAGGCCGAAAAGGAGGAGGCCGAGCGCAAGAGCCGCGAGGAGCGCGAGCGCCGCGCCGCCGAGCAGGCGCGCCGCGAGAAGGAGGCUGCCGAACGUGCCGCUGCGCAGACGAGGGCCAGCCAGCAGGCGCAGCAGCAGCGCUCGGCCUCGUCUGGCCGGGCGCCGACAGCGUCGCCGCCACACGCGAGCUCGGGCACUGCGCCCGUGUCGCCGGCCAGCUCGCGCUCGCAGACGAUCAGCAUGCCGCCCAAGUCGCCUGCACUUGCGGUGCAGCAGGCUGCCGCCUCGGCUACGGCUCGCGCCCGCGGCUCUUCGGUGCCGACCUCUCCGCGCACGGCGGCGCAGAACGCUGCGGCGCGUGCCUCUUCGUCGGUCCCGCAGCAGCAGCAGCUCGGAGCACCAGGUGCGUCGCAGCAGCUGCCCAACCGCUCGCCACAGGCUGUGCAGCCUCAGGCUGCCCAGCAAGGGCGCUCGCACCAGCUGCCGCCGGCGCAGCAGGCUGCACAGAUGCAGCAGCAGCCGCAGCUCUUGCCGCAGCAGCCGCAGCACAUGUCGCCUUUCUCCAUGGCGGGGUCCAGCUCGUCGUUGCCGGCACCGCCCCAAGGCCUGCCCGCACGGCCCGUCCUCAACUCCCUGCCGCACUCGCAGGCCAACUCGAGCCUCUCGCCGUCCGGCUCCGGCCCAGGCUCGCUCCCGCGGCCGCCGGUCAACGCGCCGAUCGGCGCCACGUCGCACCUCGGCUUCAACUCGACGGCUCAGCAGGCGUUUGCAUCGGGCUCGUCGAAGAGCAUGGCGGCGCCGCCUUCGCAGUCGCUGAUGUCGGGCGCCCCGGGCCUGCCGGCACAUCAGCACGCGCCGCCGCUCCAGACGCAUCUGCAGCAGCCGCAGCCGCAGCCGCAGCACCUGAGCUCCGCCUCGCGCGCCUUCUCGCCGAGCGCGUACGGUGGCGGCCUGCCGCAUGGCUUCGACUCUGUGCGCUCGCCGCCGCUGGCCAACGGCAUCCACCACGGGCUCGGCGCGCUGGGCGAGGGCAAGCAGGUCGACUCGCUCUCUUCGCCGAGCAUUGCCAGCGCCAGUGCUUCGCUCGCCUCGAUGAGCCUCGGCGGCCUGCCGCCGUCGCAGGGCCCCAUCGGCCCGCCGAGCUCGCUCCUGAGCAGCAGCAGCGCGGCGCACUCGCGCACGCCCAGCACUGCGCCGAGCGAGGACCUCGGCUACCGGCCGGGCUCUGCGACGAUGUCGAGCCGCUCGCUGCACCGCGCCACGCCGGGUCCCAUCGGGCCGAUUGGGCGGCCGCGCGGCAGCGACAGCCUCGACGACAUGCCCAGUGGCCUCGGCAGCAUUGGGCAGAUUGGCAUGUCCGUCGGGUCGGGCGUGGCGCGCGCGCCGAGCCCCAAGCUGCCCGACGGCAUCCUCGGCAGCAGUGCGCUGGGCGGCGACGAUGAGCUGGUGCAGCCGCAGCCGCGGCGCACCAGCCACGCCGCGCCCGGCGGCGCCUCGGGCUUCUUUGGCGGCGCCGGCUUCGGCAGCUCCUCGUCGCCCUGGGCGCCGGCGCGACCGUCUGCGGGCGUCGGCGUGGGCCUGCCGUCGCUGGGCACGUCGCUCACCGGCUCGUCGGCCUUUGGCGGCAUGAGCACGCCGAUCGGCAACGGCAGCGGCGUCGACCCCUGGGCGCGCGUGCAGAACAGCUGGGACUCGUUUGCGCCGCGCGUGCCGCAGCCGCCGCCGCAGCAGCCGCCGCCGCGCUCGGCGUGGGACGCCGCCGCUGCGCCGCCGAACCCGCUCAGCGGCUUUGGCGUGCCCGGCGGGCCCACGCGAGGCUACGGCAGCGGGCAGUAAAGCGACGGACGGACAUCUGCGAGCGCCGCGCGGCGGGUGCGCCUCUGCGAUACAGCGACUCUGGCCGCCUCUCUAACCGGCCGACUCUUCUCUCUCUCUCUGGCACACACCCUCUCACCAGCCCCUUCGCAGCAUCCGUCUCCCACUCAUCUCUCCCUCUCUCUCUCCAGUCCGCCCCCCUGCAUGUGCUGCUCUUCCAACCAGUCUCUUGCUUUCGCAACGUAGUUCUAUGCCUCCAACGCG